CGGGGACUGACAAGAUGGCGAUCAUUUUAGAAACAGAGGAGUUACUGCCGUGAAGGAGAGGCUCGAGGCCACCAUGCCCUAGGAGGGUCCCUUUUCUCAGCUCACCAUGAUCACCAUGGUGAUAUGAAGCCACUGUGAAACGUUGAAACACACAUAGACUCACACACAGACGGUCAGGUUCUGACUGACACGGCCCGCCAUCCAGCUGGGCAGGCCGGCGUGUGUAAUGGACAGGUGUAAGCAUGUGGGGCGGCUGCGACUAGCCCCGGAUCACUCCAUCCUCAACCCCCAGAAGUGGCACUGCGUAGACUGCAACACCAGCGAGUCUAUAUGGGCCUGCCUGGGCUGCGCUCAUGUGGCGUGCGGGCGCUACAUAGAGGAACACGCUCUGCAGCACUUUCAGCAGCACCACCACCCGCUGGCUAUGGAAAUUAAUGAACUUUACGUUUUUUGUUACUUGUGUGACGACUAUGUCCUGAAUGACAACACCACUGGAGACCUGAAGCUGCUUCGUAGUACGCUCAGCGCCAUCCAGAGCCAGCGCUAUGAGGUAACCACACGUAGUGGGCGCACACUCCGCUCUGCUAGCGCCGCCGCUGAUGCCCUCAUGCCAUCAGGUGCUCGGGAGCUGCAACUGAGGGACGAGGACAGGAUGUUUACUGCGCUCUGGCAUCGUCGCAGGGCGCUUAUGGGACGUGUUUUUCGCUUCUGGUUUGCAAUGACUGAAUGUGGGAAGAAAAGAGAGGAAGAAGAGCGAAAGAGGGAUGAGGAUGAAGAGCAGAAAAGGGAGGCAAGGGAGAGGAGGAAGGCUACAAAGAGAAAGCUACUGGUGGAGCUGGAGAAUGCUCCUCUCAGGAAGAGUCGGCGGUUACAUCGGAAGAGCCAGCGUGUAACACAAGCUCCAGUUGCAGCACCAACCACUCGGAGUGCACGCAGAAAGACAAAAACCCCAGUGCCCACGUCUGUCACCCGCAGGCCAAGGACUCAGAGCCCUGCCAUGGCUACACCUAAGAAAGGUGGGCGGACAAAAAAGGUCCAACCACCUCCCAAAACUAGGAGCCGUUCUUCUGCCAACAGAUCUAAGCCCAAAUCAGCAACCCCCCGUUCUGCCCAAACACCUGUUCGCUGCAGGCAGAGUACCAAACAAGGUGGCUCACCUUUUAAGCGACGCCCCACAGUCACUCCUGGAGUGACGGGCCUGAGGAAUUUAGGCAACACCUGUUAUAUGAACUCCAUCCUACAGGUGCUGAGCCACCUCCAUUUCUUCAGGGAGUGCUUUCUGCGCCUUGAUCUGACGCAGGCACUGGAGCUGCUCGCAUCCGCCGUCCACGGCCAACUGACGGAGAAAGCCUCGUCCCAGUCCACGCUGAUCCAAAGGAGGGGAUUCCAGGCCAGCUCAGGAUCUGGGGCAGGGCUGAGCGGCGGGGCCUCACGGACCCGCAGCAUGGAGCUGAUCCAACCCAAAGAGCCCAGCUCGAAGCACAUCUCUCUCUGCCACGAGCUGCACACCUUGUUCCAGGUUAUGUGGUCUGGCAAGUGGGCGCUGGUAUCGCCUUUUGCCAUGCUCCACUCAGUGUGGCAGCUGAUCCCGGCGUUCAGGGGCUACGCCCAGCAGGACGCUCAGGAGUUCCUGUGUGAGCUGCUGGACAAGGUGCAGCACGAGCUGGAGAGCACUGGCAAGCACACGACCACUGCUGGGGUCCCCCAGAAACGACUCAUUAAGCAGGUGCUUAGUGUGGUCAACACCAUCUUUCAUGGUCAGCUCCUCAGCCAGGUGACUUGCCUGGCCUGCGACCACCGCUCAAACACUGUGGAGCCUUUUUGGGAUCUGUCUCUGGAGUUCCCCGAGCGCUAUCACAGGAAUAGCAGGGAGUCGGCUGCUCAGGCUUCGUGCCAUUUAACUGAAAUGCUGGCCAAGUUCACAGAAACUGAAGCGCUGGAGGGAAACAUCUACGCCUGUGAGCAGUGUAACUCUGCUAGGCGGCGGUCCUCCUCCAAACCACUGCUCCUGACUGAAGCAAAAAAACAGCUGAUGGUCCACAAACUGCCUCAGGUCCUGCGGCUUCACCUCAAACGCUUCAGGUGGUCUGGCCGUAACCACCGGGAGAAGAUCGGAGUCCACGUCCGCUUCGACCAGCUUUUAAACAUGGAGCUCUACUGCUGCAGAGAGCCAUCGCCCAAAGGGGCUUCCUGCUCCAGUCCCAGUAGCCCCAGUAGUCCCAGCAGCCCCAGCUCCACAGGCUCGCCAAGCCCCAAGCACUUCGUUUACGACCUCUCCGCUGUGGUGAUGCAUCAUGGGAAGGGCUUUGGCUCUGGUCAUUACACAUCCUACUGCUACAACACAGAAGGAGGCUUCUGGGUUCACUGUAAUGACUCCAAGCUGAAUGUGUGUUCAGUGGAGGAGGUCUGUCGUGCUCAGGCCUACAUCCUCUUUUACACACAGCGAGUAACUCAGGACAAAGACCGGCCGCUAUAGGAUCACAAUCCCCCCCUCCUCAGCGAUAUCAGCACAGCCCCAGUUGUGGUUCUUGUUCCUCUCUCUCUUUGGGCAUUUUAUAUCCUUGAGGAUUGGUCUUUUAAGUCUAGUUUUAAAUAAGACAAAAACAUUUCUUAAAAUCACGGUUCUGCUUUGUGAACUUCUUGUAUAUGGUGUUAAUAUGUAGGUAUUUUAAAAAAAAGAUUACGUUUUUGAUUUGUGUACAGUUGUAUUUUAUAAAGAAGAGUAUCAGCCAAGAUGUGUCUCAGUAGCAGCAACCAGACUCAAAGUGUCCUCCACAGGUCGCACAUACAGGUGUAUUCACGUGUCUGCCUGUCUGCGUUCGGUGACUUGUUGAUUGUAAAUGCUGUUGAAAUGUCACUUUAGAUAGUCGUUACAUUACUGGAUGUAAGUUGUUCACUUACGAGAAAUGGCCUCCCUGUGUUUGACAGCUAAAUGAUGAUGAGUGUUAGCAAAGACGGCUGUAUUUCCUGCCAGAAAUGUCUACAGAAUACGCUGUCCGCAUUGUUUUUUACUCUGUUUAUCGUCAAAGAUCUGUACACAAGAAGGGCAGGGUUUAUUUUUCUCUCUGAAGUAUUCCUGGGUCUGUCAGGGACAGUGGCGAGCCG